AUUAUUAAUUUUAUCAAUAAAAACAACAAAAUUUCAGACAAUUUUUAAGAGUAACACCCAUUAAUUGGCGUUAUUUCAUAUCAAUCAUCUUAAAUUCAUAACGAUUUUAGUUUUUAAAAACGCGCAUACACAAAAUACGCGCAUUGCAACAUAAGAAGAAGUAUGCCAACAAUUCGAUUGUGAUAAUUAUCGGUAUUCCGGCUUAUCGAUAUCUAUUUAAUUCGCCGUGUCUCGUUCACAACGAAUGUCAACCAAUUUCUCGUUCACUUCGUUCUCAGCUCUGGUUCAGCGCUGUUCAAUAGUUAAGGAUUUGAAUACCUCGACCAGGAUUUUUUAUUAAAAUGGCUGCUGCUCCCAAGGAUAUUGAGAAGCCCCAAGGCGCUGAUUCUGCAUCAGUUCACCGCAUUCGCAUCACUUUAACUUCUAGGAACGUACGUUCUUUGGAGAAUGUGUGCCGCGAUUUAAUCAAUAGUGCCAAGAACCAGAAUCUGCGUGUCAAGGGUCCAGUACGCAUGCCAACCAAGACUCUACGCAUCACCACACGUAAAACACCUUGUGGUGAAGGUUCCAAAACUUGGGAUCGCUUUCAGAUGAGAAUCCAUAAGCGUAUCAUCGACUUGCAUUCACCAUCUGAGAUUGUAAAAAAGAUUACAUCAAUCAACAUUGAAGCUGGCGUAGAAGUGGAGGUUACCAUUGCCAACUAAAAAAAAGAACGUGUAUAAUUUUUUAUACAAUAAAUAUUUUGAAAUAUACGGUUUUAUAUUGUAUAUAAAAUUAA